UCCUUCCAAUCAGGAUUCACCACCUAUGGCUACAUCAGGAAAAACAGCGGCUCUGGGCUAGACCCUUACAGUGAAAUCGAAACUGAACUUCUUGUUUCCGAGUCCGACAGUCUUACCCCCCGGAGUCUCCGUAUUUUUCUACGUUUCUACGUCUGAGAAGUUUUCGUAAUGGCGCAAACCAGUAGCUCACUGGAUCAGGAACGGUUCAACUGCCCGAUCUGUCUGGAUAUAUUGAAGGACCCAGUGUCUAUUCCUUGUGGACACAGUUAUUGUAUGGGCUGUAUAAAGGGGUUCUGGGAUAAGGAUAUUACUGAUGUCUACAGCUGUCCCCAGUGCAGACAAACGUUCUCUCCACGACCUGCUCUGAACAAAAACACCAUGCUUGCUGAAGUUAUGGAGAAACUGGAACAGACAGGACUCAUAUCUGCCUCUCCCGCCCCUUGUCACGCUGGCCCCGGAGAAGUGGCGUGUGACUUCUGCACUGGGGAAGAGCGUAAAGCUGUCAAAACAUGCCUGGUGUGUUUGGCCUCGUAUUGUGAGGCUCACCUCCAGCAGCACUAUCAGGUACCCCCAUUAAAGAAGCACACACUGGUGAGAGCCAUUGGACAACUGCAGGAGAAAAUCUGUCAUUUCCACAACAAACUCCUGGAGAUUUACUGCUGCACGGAUGAGAAGUGUAUCUGCUAUCAGUGUUUGAUGGAUGGACACAGAGGCCAUGAUACAGUGUCAGCUGAGGCAGAGCGGACUAAACUACAGAAGCAGCUGGGGGAGACACAGAGGGAAUACCAGCAGAGAAUCCAGGAGAAGGAGAAGGGGCUGCAGGAGCUGAAACAGGCUAAGAAGACACUCAUGGACUCUGCUAAGACGGCACUGGAAGAAAGUGAAAGGAUCUUCACCGAGCUGGUCCUUUCCAUUGAGAGAAAGCGCUUGGAGGUGACAGAGAUGAUCAGAGAUCAGGAGAAGGCUGCAGUGACUCAGACUGAAGGCCUUCUGGAGCGACUGGAGCAGGAGAUAGCUGAGCUGAGGAGGAGAGAUGCUGAGCUUGAGCAGCUUUCACGUGUAGAGGAUCACAUCCAUUUCCUCCAGAGUUACCAGUCUUUCUGUACCCCUCCGGGCCCCUCUGAAACACCCAGCAUUUCUGUCAUGCCACUCUUGGAUUUGGGGAAGCUUCAGAAGGGUGUCUCUGACCUGAGGGAAAAACUGGAGGAUUUCUGUGAAGGGGAAUGGCUCAAAAGCCUCAAAGCAGUGAGUGAGGGGGAGAUUGAACAGGCUCCAGGACCUAAGACCAGAGAAGAGUUCUUGCAAUAUUUCUGCAAGCUUACUCUGGACUUCAACACAGCACAUAACUUUAUAAGUAUGUGUAACGGAGACCCAAACUGGAUACGGGUGACUCCAAAUUUCUUAAUGCUAUGUCACUCACAUCCUGAUCACCCAGAGCGAUUUCUGCAUGCGCAGCAAAUUUUAUGCGAAGAGGGGCUGUCUGGACGCUGCUACUGGGAGGUGGAUUGGUUUGGGUCCCAUGAAGCGUACAUAGCUGUCUCAUACAAAGGUAUUGACAGGAAAAAAGAGGAAAGUGAUUCUCAUUUUGUACAUAGCGCCCAGUCUUGGUGUUUGAAAUGCACUCUUACGGGUUACUCUGUCUGGCACAACAGUGUGGAAACUGCAGUCUACACCCCAGAAAAAGUUCCCCGCAAAAUAGGAGUGUAUAUGGAUCAUGAAGCAGGAAUUCUAUCCUUCUAUAGCGUCACAGACAAAAUGACACUCCUGCACAGAUUCAAGACGGUGUUUACUGAGCCCCUGUAUCCUGGGCUUGGGGCAUGGGGAUUUGGUGACCAAGUGAGAAUCUGCAAACCACAAAAUUUCAGGGUCCCACUGUAAAUAAAUAAAU